GUUGACAAAUCGUUAGUACUGACCAUCCCGAAUCAACUGAGUUGGGGGUUCAUCAAAGGGUGGAUUAGAAACAUUAUACCAAUAUCGACUCAAAGCAAUGGAAUAUCUCAAUAAAUAUCCUGAAGAAUAUGCACGACCUUUAGUGUCGUUGUUUGCUUAUUUGGGGAGACUUAACGUGAAGUUCUUCAACCACGAUAUGCCAUGGUUUUAUAGGAACUGGAGGUUCUUCUACAUAGUUCCUAUAUUGGUGUUCCACUUUAUCACGAUGAGUGUUUAUAUUGUUGAAGUCUUCGUCGAAGGGGUAGAUGUGUUCACCGACGUUUUCAUGAUCCCCAUUUAUCUAGUUCACAUUCACUCCUUCUCAAAAAUGACAAUUCUGAACAUCAAUAAGGAGAGGUUUGAAAAAGUAAUUGAUGAAUUAGGACAAACUUGGAGGACUGAUAAUCUCAAUGAUGUACAAAAAGAUAUAAAGAGAUCAAGUGAAAAAGAACUAUGGAUGGUACAAUUGGUAUUUAUGAAAUUACCUAUAUGCGUGGCUUCUCAGUACGUGUUGUUACCGAUCUUGGAUACCCUAUUCUGCAACGUCAUCCUGAGGGAGGAUGAUGAAGUGCGACUCCCGUUGCGUUGCUCCUACCCGUUUGAUCCCAGCAGCAGUUGGGUAUUGUAUGGAAUCACUUAUUGCUUUCAGACUUACUGUAUUUUCAACUUAACGUUUUCAUAUGUAGCCACAGAUUUUAUAUUCCUAUGCUUGAGCGCCCAACUUAGCGUGGAAUUCAUGUUACUUCGCGAGGAUUUACUUCAUAUAAAACCCACUAAAGUAGUGGAUAAUGACGUCACACACAUUGUAUACGAUAAUGGAAAGAUACGCGACUUUGUUAUCUAUCAUCAAAAACUCUUAAGGUUAGCUGAAGAACUGAACUGUGCUAGCAAUAAGAUUAUGUUUGUGAAUUUAUUUUUCACGGCAGUAAACGUCAGUUUAUUUGGACUUGCAGUUUUGGUUGCAAAUAACGCAUCUGACAAAAUAACAAAUCUAAUAGUGAUACUAACAAUCUUGGUACUCAUACUGACGGUGUGUUACUCCAGCGAGAAGUUAAAAUCUGCGAGCGAGGAAAUAUUUAAUUCAGCUUGCGAGAACCUUUGGUAUGAAGGCGAUAAAGAAUAUAAACAAAUUAUUCUUUUUAUUAUGAAAAGAUCUCAGAAACCAUGCUACUUGAAGUCUCUUGACGUUCCCAUCACUCACGCAACAUUUACUACGGUAAUGAGAACAACUUGGUCGUAUUUUUCGCUUAUGAAUAAAAUGUAUGAAAAUGAAGAGACGAAUUAAAAAAGAUGUCUAAACAUUGUUAGAUAUAUUCAUGUAUCCAUAUGAGAGUGGUUUUGAUUUAAUUAUAUAUUUUCAAACAGGUUUUAUUACGUAGUUUUAAAAUAAGUUCUUGUAAACUGAAGAUCUCUCUGACGAGUCUACUGGGACAGCUUUUAUUUGAAAUAAGGAGUAUCCUUUUAUUCAUUCUUAUCGUAUAAUCUAUCAGUUUCAU